AUGGCCGGAAGCCCCGGGAAAGCGGGGUCGAGUCCUGCUCGCCCCUCGGCCUCGCCUCCCGCCGCGCACGACUCGCCAUCAUCGGGUGGAGAGGCGGGAGAAGAUGCGCCAGCUCCCCUUCAGAUUGACCACGCCUACGAUGUCCACGAUGACGCCGAUUCCUCCUACGGCUCCGACGCCGCCUCCGCCAACACGGGCUCCAUCUCCUCCUCCAUCUUCCACUACCAGUACGAAAACGGCCGACGCUACCACGCCUACCGCGAGGGCCAAUACGUCCUGCCCAACGACGACCAGGAGCAGGAGCGCCUCAAUCUCCAACAUCACAUUUGGCGCCUAUUACUAGGCGGCUCCCUCUACUCGGUGCCCCUGUCCGAUCCCGCGCCCGGCGCCGAGAUGCGCGUGCUCGAUCUUGGCACGGGCACGGGCGUCUGGGCCAUCGAUAUCGCCGACGAGUUCCCCUCCUGGCAGGUCUACGGCUUCCACGUCGACGACUACGAGGACGACUGGACGUACCGCGACGAUGAGAAAUUCGACUUUAUCCACGGCCGCGCCCUCUGCGGUACCUCGUCCGACUGGCCGCGGCUGUACGGCCGCAUAAAAGAGAACCUCAAGCCCGGCGGCUGGGUCGAGAUCCAAGAGUACGACGCCUGGAUUUAUAGUGAUGAUGAUAGUUUUGAGCGCGCGCCGUGGACCAAGGAGUGGGUGGAGAAGCUGGACGAGGCGAGCCUCAAGUUUGGCCGGCAAAUCAACAUGGCCAAGUACCACAAGCAGUGGAUGAUUGAUGCCGGAUUCGAGGAUGUUGUCGAGGAAGUCAAGCGGAUACCCAUCGGGAAAUGGGCCAAGGAUCCCGCGCUGAAAGAGCUGGGCAAAUUCGAGCUGAUUCACAUGCAAAUGUCUGUCGACUCCCACACCCCGGCCCUUUUACCCGAAAGUGUUGCGGGUACGGCCAUAUUCUAUGAAUCAAACUGCCCGACUCCCAUCACAGCACCGCGGCCCGCCCUUGCAGCGUCGGACAAGGGUCUCGAAAUCGAGAAGCAUAGAUACAUCAAUGGAUGGAUUAUGUCGUGA